AUGGAGGCGGCGUUGAUACCAGGAUUGCCGGCCGAUGUUGCUCUGGAAUGCCUUGUGCGCCUCCCCUUCCAUGCCUUCGCCGGCGCUCGGUGUGUCUGUAAGCGAUGGAGGGAAGAAAUCACUUCGCCGUCGUUCUACCGCCUCCGGAAAGCCUCCGGCCAUGCUCGCCCUCUAGUUGCACUCGUUCGAUCGAUUCCUUCUCAUGACGCUGGCUUCAAGAACCUAAUCUUGUUCGAUCCGACAACGGGCGUAUGGACCAGACUUCUCCAGUUCUUUGACUGGUCUGAAUACUGCCAGGUGGCGGCCGUCGGGCACGAGCUGGUGGUCAUAGGCGUCGGCAGGCCUCCCACCGGCACGGUCCACGUGUACAAUUUGUUGACCGGCGUUCGGCGUCGGGGGGCGACGAUGCCGAGGCCGUUGAGGGCUACGUUCGCUUUCGCAACCUCGGCGGAAGCGCGGAUGGCGUACGUGGCCGGCGGAGAGAACGUGCACGGGAUGCCGCUACGGUCGGCGCUGGCCUACGACGUGGCGGCGGACGCGUGGGUGCGCCUUCCGGACAUGGAGCGCCCUCGGAAGGAGUGCAGGGGGAUCUUCGUGAACGGAGCGUUCUGUGUCCGCGGCGGCCAGGAGCUGUUCGACUGGACCUCUGAGGCGUUCGACGUCGAGGCGGGGCGGUGGACUGCGAAACAGGGGAAGCUUCUAGAGAAGGCGCUGAUCGGUCCGUGGAUUGGAGUGGCGGCGUACGAGGGCAGGGUGUACAGGUGCGAUUAUUGGAAAGGGGGAGUGGACGUCUGCUCGGACAACGGCGGCGAAGGCGGGUGGCGGAGUCUGGGGGUGGUCUCCAAGAAGGUACAUGAGUUACCAAUACCAGUAUUCCUAGAUGUGGCGGCGUGGAACGGUGGGGUGAUGGUGGUCAGAAAGUUUUAUGGAGGGCAAACGGCGAGCAUUUUGGAGGAGGGGAAGUGGAAGGAGGUGGUGUUGCCGAGGAAGGUGGCGUUGUCGUGGAAGGUGAAGUUGCCGUGGAAGUUCUCCGCCUACGUCCAGACUUUGUGCAGCUUCCAACUUUAG